GUGGAGUUGGCGCCAUUGCAGGUCUUCGCGCUGUCUUUUUCGUAAAGAAAUACCUCUUUUUCCUGCGUGAACUAGCUAAUUAGCUGCUGCGCAAUGACGGAUAAAGACGCUGCAUUUGAUGAUGCUGUGGAGGAAAGGGUGAUUAAUGAGGAGUACAAGAUCUGGAAGAAGAACACACCAUUCCUCUAUGAUCUGGUCAUGACUCAUGCCCUGGAGUGGCCCAGCCUCACUGCUCAGUGGCUCCCAGAUGUCACCAGACCCGAGGGAAAGGACUACAGCGUGCACAGGCUGGUUUUAGGGACGCACACAUCCGAUGAGCAGAAUCACCUCGUAAUCGCCAGCGUUCAGCUUCCAAAUGACGACGCCCAGUUUGAUGCUUCUCACUAUGACAGCGAGAAAGGAGAGUUUGGAGGCUUUGGUUCUGUAAGUGGAAAAAUAGAGAUUGAGAUCAAGAUCAACCAUGAGGGAGAAGUGAAYCGAGCUCGUUACAUGCCUCAGAAUCCAUGCAUCAUCGCCACCAAGACCCCCACAAGCGACGUGCUGGUCUUUGAUUACACAAAACACCCCUCCAAACCAGACCCAUCUGGAGAAUGCACCCCGGAUCUGCGUCUCAGGGGCCAUCAGAAGGAGGGCUACGGCCUCUCCUGGAACCCAAACCUCAGCGGAUGCCUCCUAAGUGCUUCUGAUGACCAUACUAUUUGUCUGUGGGACAUCAGCACAGUUCCCAAAGAGGGGAAGAUUGUGGACGCCAAAACGAUCUUCACAGGCCACACCGCCGUGGUGGAGGACGUCUCCUGGCACCUGCUCCACGAAUCGCUCUUUGGAUCUGUGGCAGACGACCAGAAACUUAUGAUCUGGGACACGCGGUCCAACAACACCUCAAAACCAAGCCAUGCAGUGGACGCCCAUACCGCUGAGGUCAACUGCCUGUCUUUCAACCCCUACAGCGAGUUCAUCCUGGCCACCGGCUCUGCUGAUAAGACUGUGGCCCUUUGGGAUCUGAGAAACCUGAAGUUGAAGCUUCACUCAUUUGAAUCUCACAAAGACGAGAUCUUCCAGGUUCAGUGGUCUCCUCAUAACGAGACCAUCCUCGCCUCCAGCGGCACCGACCGGCGGCUCAACGUCUGGGACCUCAGUAAGAUCGGGGAGGAGCAGUCGCCAGAAGAUGCGGAGGACGGUCCUCCCGAGCUGCUGUUCAUCCACGGCGGACACACGGCCAAGAUCUCGGACUUCUCCUGGAACCCCAACGAGCCGUGGGUCAUCUGCUCCGUGUCGGAGGACAACAUCAUGCAAGUGUGGCAAAUGGCUGAGAACAUCUACAACGACGAGGACCCAGAGGGAGCUGCAGACUCGGAGGUCCAGGCGUAAAUUCGGUUUUCACAACCCCUCCUCUCCACCUGUUUACGGAACGGAUCCGGGUUUUCAGGCGCUGCACGCUGACAUCAUCAAAUCCUUUUACAAAGCUUUUUUUUUUUUUUUUUUUUUGUAGAAAGUGGAAGAAUAAACCUCUGCACUGUCGUGUCGUGACAUAUUUAAAAUGUCUUGUUUUCGUUCUGAUUUUUAAAUUUGAUUGUUUUCUUAAUAAAAAUCACUUCUGGUUUGUAAAGAAUCCGUCAGACGUGCGUGUCUGCUCUCAUUCAAGGUUGAAAUUUGAUUAUUUUUUAAUAAUAUUAGUUGWGCAGAGAACAUGACGAUCCAUUUUGAAACCAGCUGUACAUACUGUAGGUUCUCCUUUUAUGGUAGUUUUCCAGAGUGUGUGUUUUCAUUUCUGCAUUUUGUGUUUCUGUGCUGCAUCUGAUCUUUUGUGUACCUAAGUAUAUUCAUAAUAAAAUAUUUACAGUAAA